CUCCAGCUUACCCCGGACUCGAUCACUCUAUCCCUUGAGCUCUCCAUUCCAUCAAGCUGUGGUGUUGACGAAUUGUCCGCUGCGUCUGGCUGGCCAGAUUGCCCAUUUCACCAUCCGAUACGAAAAAGUAUAUAGUUCGGAGGGAUUCCUCUCCUGGUCGGGGGUCUGGUCCACUCGGAUGACUCGCAGAAUCCACUCGUGAUUGCUGUCCUCUCCCUACCCCGGUCGCUGGGAGCUCUCACCAUCCCCAAAUGGCUGGCCUCGAUCUGUCGGCCCGCCUUAGUGGGCGAUGGCUCAUUAGCAUGGUCACUAUCGCGAAUGCCUGCUCCAUGGCGUGGUUCGGUUAUGACCAGGGUGUGUUCUCCGGGGUCUUAAUUUCAGCCGAUUUCAAGAAACACUUUCCCGAGACCGACGAUGCGGACAUAUCUGGCAUCACCUCGAGCUGCUUUUCUCUCGGCGCUUUCUUUGGUGCUAUUUUUGCCUUCACGCUCGGCGAUAAACUCGGUCGCAAAAAGACCGUCGCCCUCGGUUUGGCCUGUAAUGUGAUCGGUGCCAUUUUGCAGGUCGUCGCGUGGCAUUUGCCACAGAUGAUUAUCGGACGUGUCAUCAAUGGCUUCGGAAUGGGGUUGACCUCCUCGACCUGUCCAGUUUAUCAGGCUGAGUGCUCGAAACCGUCUGUUCGCGGCAAGCUCGUCGUCGUCGGAUCAUUGUGUAACACGGCAGCGUUCUGUCUCGCCAACUGGAUGAACUACGGCCUGUAUUUCCAGGGCGAUGCGCUGCAAUGGCGUUUCCCGCUGGGCUUCCAGCUCAUUUUCCCCGUCAUCGUAGCGAUCUCGCUAGUGCUGAUUCCGGAGUCCCCGCGUUGGCUUCUACUUAAGGACCGACCCGACGAGGCGCUACAUGUCCUGGCGCGACUGCAGGGGAAAGGCAAGGAUAUCCACGAUGCCGAGGUUUCGGCGGAAUUUCUCUCCAUCCAAUCAGCGUUGCAGGUGGAGCGUAAGGACCGCGUGCCCACGAUGGACGUGUUGAUGUGUCGUGAUAAAACGCAGAAUCUUCGUCGGCUGUUAUUGUCGUGCGGAACGCAGUUCAUGCAGCAGUUCAGCGGCGUCAAUGCUUUAGGAUACUACCUACCUACUCUGCUGCAGCAGAGUGUGGGAUUAGAUGAAGAGGAAAGUCGCUUGUUGACCGGUAUCAAUGCGACUAUUUACCUCUUCGCAGCGUUCUGCUGCCUGCUGAUCAUUGAUCGCUUCGGUCGUCGGAAGAUGAUGCUCUACGGCUCCCUGACUAUGGGCGCAUGCUACCUCAUCGCGUCUAUAUGUCUAAAGGUAGCCGCGGAUGACCCGUCGCGCGAGCGUCUGCUCGGUCGCGUCACUACCGCCAUGUUCUUCUUAUACUACUUCUUCUACGGCACCAGCUUCGCCAAAGUCCCUUGGGUCUACAACUCCGAGGUCAAUUCCCUGGGAUGGCGAACCCGCGGUGCCGCAGCCGCCACCGCCACGAACUGGAUGGGCGGGUUCAUCGUCACGCAGUUCACCAAAGUUGGAGUGGACAAUAUCCACUGGCGAUUCUACCUAAUGUUCGCCAUCAUCGUCUGGGCCUACUUCCCGCUCAUCUACUUAUUAUACCCUGAGACCUCGCGCCGCACGCUCGAAGACAUGGAUGAGAUCUUCAUUCGGCAUAAGUCGCCGAUUGUGUGUGGCAAUCGGUCGUUGACGCAGCGUAAGCGGCCGGAUGAGUUCAUUGAGGCGGAGACGAAGCGUAUUCAGACGAUGGAUGAAGUGGUUGUUGGGGAUGAGGUUAAGGGUGGGUCGGCGAUUCAUCAUGAAAAGGUGUAAUUGAUUUACUCCGUACGGCUUUUCAAAACAGGCAUAGAGUAUACAGGAGGUGUUUGGUUCGAGGGCUGGAAAUAGGGAUGUUUGAUAUGGGCUUGGUAGAUUAUGUGGGUAUAUAUAAGUAAUUUAAUGAACAUAUUUG